CUCCACCCUUACUAUCCUCCAGGCGUCGUGAUUCAAGGCUACGUCGCGAAUACCCUCUCCACGCCCGCCAUUCUGAUGUACUUCUGUAGUCUGUGUGCAGCUGCGCUAUCUCCAGCGUUCUUCCUCAUCAACAGGAGGCGAUCUGGCCUGCCGAGCAGCGAGCUCGCUACCGCUCUGUGGUUUGUCCUCUGCGGGUAUAUCCACAUCGUCGUCGAGGGCUACUUCGCAUUCAACCACUCCACCUUGGGUGGUGACGGCGGUCUGAUGGGCCAAAUGUGGAAAGAGUACUCACUAUCAGAUUCCCGCUAUCUCACAUCCGAUACUUUUACUGUAUGCAUGGAGACCAUCACGGCAGUGUUCUGGGGCCCACUAUCUCUACUGUGCGCGUACUACAUUGCUGCCGACCACCCUGCCCGCCACCCAGUCCAAUUCAUCGUCAGCUUAGGACAACUGUACGGAGACGUUCUGUACUACGCCAUCUGCACCUUCGAGGAGCUUGUGCGGGAAACGGCAUAUUCGCGCCCGGACAGAGCAUACUUUUGGGGAUACUAUGUUCUGCUCAACUCCUUCUGGAUUGUCAUACCUUCCAUCCUGCUGCUUCAGAGCACCAGAGAGACCAUAGUGGCGUUC